AUGAUGGAGAUAUCAAAUAAUAAUAAUAAUCAAAAAUGUACAACUCACAAGAGAUCAAUUGAAAUAAUAUGUUAUCAGUGUAAUAAACUGAUGUGUUCUGCAUGUUUGAUUAUUCAUAAUAAACAAUUUAAAGAUCACACCGAUUCGUGUGAUCAUAUAGAAUACAUUAAACAAUCUUUAUCAAAUUAUAGUUUUAGUAAUAGUAAUAAUAAUGGUGCAGAUGAUAAUGAUAAUCAAGAUGAAGAAUCAAAUUGUUGUAUAAAAACAAGAAUAUCUGAUAUAUGGUCAAAGUUGAAAGAUGCAACUACCAAUUGCAAAUCACUAGAGACAACCGAGGCUGAGAUAUCCGCACACUUUGCGAAACUUCACGAAUUUCUGGUGGUUGAAGAGCACAAGCUAAAGAAACCGAUUGUCAGCGAUCUACUUUCAUUAACACAGCAAAUAGAGACCAACAUAGAUGAACUUAAAUAUUUAAGUAAUCUAAUUACGCUAAAUCAAAAGAUUAAUAAUAGUAAUAAUAAUAGUAAUUCAUCAGCAACUUCGUCAUCAUCAACAACAACAACCAAAGCAAUACUAGAUAUAUAUUCAGAGGUAUAUUCAACAAAGGAAAUCAUAAAAUCACUCGUUGACAGUGAAUCACUACAAUCGUUUAUACAAUCAAAUAUCGAUACUCUGUUCAAUCAUGAAAAUAAUAGUCAGUUCAAUCUAAAUGAUUUACAAUCACAGUAUGGAAGUAACACUGACUUUAUGAUAUUGGAUUUACUGUUUAAGUUCAACGAUCAAUUCAAAGUAAUAGCAAAUGACAGCAAUAGCAGCAACAACAACAAUAAUAAUAACUGUAGUUUAACAGUUUAUAAUGAUAAUACAGAUAAUAAUACAAAUAAUAAUAACAACCAACCAAAUCAAUCAUCGAAAUUUGAUUAUAGAUUGAUCACCAAUCCAAUUAAUAAUAAUCUAUUAAGUACAUUGAUAAAUCAAUCUAUUGGAUUAACAUCACCGAAAUCAUCUUCAUCCACAUCACCAACAACAACAACAACUUCAACCACAACAAAUCCUGUUCAAAAACAAUACUUAUUCACUACACAUACAAAUAAAGGUGCAACUUUAAUUAGUUUAUCAGAUUUAUUAAACAAUAACAAUAAUAAUAAUAAUAUUACACCAGUUGAAGAAAUGAAAUUCAAGAUUGGAUUUUAUGGAACAUUCAGCGCAAUGGUGACUAUCGGUGAGUAUAUCUAUAUAUUUGGUGGAAGAGGUCAACCACACAAGUACCACAGAUACUCUAUAAAGUCAAAGAGUAUCGAUAUCGCGAGUGACAUACCAAAGAUGACAGAAUACAUCUCGGUUUGCUAUGACCAAAAGGAGUAUAUCUAUGUGCUCGGUGGCAAUAGACUGGACCGCUUCAAUACGAAAUCAAUGGAGUUUGAACGAUAUCUUAUCAUUAGUGAUGAGAGCAAGAAGAUUCUCAGUCUCUUCUACAAGGGAAUGUUAUACUCAAUCCCAGAGAGUUCACAAAAGAUUCUCGGAAUCGACACCAACAAUCGCAAAGUGGAAUCGUUCACCUCGAGAUUGCUCUUUGAACAUCCAGUGGCGGCCUGUCACGACUCCAACGGUAAUAUCUUUAUUCUGGGUAUCGACGGUCGAUUCCUAAGAUUCAAUAUUGACGACCGAUCCAUAAUAAUGCUGAGUUCCACCGCUAAAUCUGGACACUACCUAUCGAUGCUCUACCACCAGGUGUCAAAAACAGAAAACUACGUAUUCCUACUUGGUGGUGGUGAACACAAGAAUCAUCGAUACUCUAUCGAACAAAAUAUUUGGGUUUCAAUCUUUAGCGAUGACAUACAACUUAGAAAUGAUUGUGGAUCAUCAAUUAUUGAAUUUCUAAUAAUGGAGAAUAGAAUUAUUGAAGAUGAUGAUGAUGUUGAUUUAGAGACUACAUCAGUGACAUCGACAUCGACAGCAACAACUGUUACAAAAGAAAGAAGAUUCGAAGAUUUAGGAUUAGCACCAUGGCUACUCGCUUGUUGUAAACAACUCGGUUUCAAAGCACCUUCGAACAUUCAGUACAAUACAAUUCCAGCAAUCUUGUCGGGUCGUGAUAUUCUAGCGAGUGCCAAGACCGGUCAGGGUAAGACAGCUGCCUUUGCAUUGCCGAUACUCUCGGCACUCUCAGAGGAUCCCUACGGUAUUUUUGCGGUGGUAUUGACACCGACCAGAGAGUUGGCCGUGCAGAUUGGCGAGCAAUUUAGAGCACUCGGUAGUGCUAUCAACGUCAACUGUUGUGUGGUCAUCGGUGGAAUCGACAAUGUUCAGCAAUCACUCAUCCUCGACAAACGACCACACAUCAUCGUUGCCACACCAGGUCGUCUUGCAGCACAUCUCAACAACGGAAUGAAACUGGCAUUGCAAUUCUGUAGAUUCUUGGUACUGGAUGAAGCAGAUCGUAUGUUAGGUCCUGACUUUGAAUUAGAAGUACAAAAAAUAGUUGAACAUUUACCACCAAAGAUACAAACAUUGUUAUAUUCAGCAACAAUGACAAAUAGUAAUAAGAAAUUAGAGUCGAUCCCAAUUAAGAAUCCAUAUAUUUUCGAAGAUAAUAAUAAAUAUGAUACAGUAGAAACAUUAUCACAAUAUUAUGUAUUUAUGCCAGCACAAGCAAAAGAUUGUCAUUUGGUAUACCUGUUGAAGAAGCACGAUAGUAGCUCGGUGAUUGUUUUCAUCAAUAACUGUAGAACCGUGGAGGCAGUGAAAGGAAUGCUCAAUAAAUUGGAUAUCAAAUCGGUGUCGUUGCACUCUUUUCUCAGUCAGAAGGAUCGAUUGAAUGCAUUGAAACAGUUCAAGUCUGGUAAGAUUCGUGUGUUGAUUGCAACGGAUGUGGCGAGUCGUGGUCUCGAUAUUCCCGACGUCCAAAUGGUCAUCAACUACAAACUGUCGAAUUCAUCGAAGGACUAUAUUCAUCGUGUCGGUAGAACCGCACGUUUCGGUCGAUCGGGUCGUGCUAUAUCGUUCGUCACACCACACGACGUCGAACUAGUCAAGAACGUAGAGGCUGCAAUCGGUAAGCAACUGGAGUUGUACACCACCGAAGAUGAAGCUGUCUACCGUCAUCUCGGUGAAGCAUCGACCGCCAGAAAGCUAGUUGAAAUUUAUUUGGAUGAAAUAGAAUUUGGAGUUAAAGAAAAAGAAAGAAGAGAUGAAAGAAAUGAAUUAACAAGACAAAUGUUAGAUGAGAAAGAAAGAAAUACAAAUAAUAAUAAAGAAUCAAAAACAACUAAUAGUAAUGAUAAUAAUGAUAGUAGUAAAAAGAAUAAUAAGAAAAAAGAUAUUAAAACUGUACAAAAAGAAUCUAUAACAACUAAAACAGCAGCAGCAGCAACAACAGCAUCAUCUUCAAAACCAACAACAACAACAGAUAUUUCAAAGAAGAGAACAAACGAAACUUUAGAAAAUAAGACAAAAGUAAAUAGACACAAUAACGAUGAUGAAGAUAGUGGAAUAUCUUUAUUUAAAAAGAAAAAGAAAUAA